ACUCGCCAUACUUUGAAGGGUGGAAGGCUUAUGAAGAUGACCCCUUUCAUCCCAUCAAGAAUCCCAAUGGGGUUAUCCAGAUGGGUCUUGCUGAAAAUCAGUUGAGUUGUGAUUUGGUGCAAGAAUGGAUAACAAGUAAUCCAGAGGCUUCCAUUUGCAGUGUAGAAGGAGUGCAUGAAUUCAAGGAUAUUGCUAACUUUCAAGAUUAUCACGGUCUCCCACUCUUCCGACAAGGAGUGGCUAAAUUGAUGGGGAGAACGAGAGGGAAUAGAGUGAAGUUCGAUCCUGAUCGUAUUGUUAUGAGCGGCGGAGCAACCGGAGCCCACGAGGUCACUGCCUUUUGUUUGGCUGACCCCGGUGAUGCCUUCUUGGUACCCACUCCUUACUAUCCAGGCUUCGAUAGGGAUUUGAGGUGGAGAACAGGAGUCCAACUUAUUCCGGUGACAUGUGAAAGCAAAAACAACUUCAAGUUGACAAAGAAAGCGUUAGAAUCUGCAUUAGAGAAAGCCAAAGAAGAUAACAUCACAGUCAAGGGCUUACUCAUCACCAAUCCAUCAAACCCGCUUGGAACAAUCAUGGACAAAGAAACCUUGAAAAUGGUUGUCACAUUCAUCAACCACAACCACAUCCACCUAGUAUCUGACGAAAUAUACGCCGCAACGGUUUUUAGCCACCCGGGUUUCACAAGCAUAGCUGAGAUAAUAGAAGAAGAAGACAUUAAAAUGGAAUGUGACCGUAACCUCGUUCACAUUGUUUAUAGUCUCUCAAAGGAUAUGGGCUUCCCUGGUUUCAGAGUUGGCAUCAUAUACUCCUACAAUGACAACGUCGUCAACUGUGCUCGCAAAAUGUCAAGCUUUGGAUUAGUGUCCACACAAACUCAGUAUCUGAUAGCAGCGAUGCUAUCAGAUGAUGAGUUUGUGCAAUGCUUCCUUGCAGAGAGCGCAAGGAGGCUUGCGAAAAGGUAUGGGAUUUUCUGCCAAGGGCUUAGACAAGUUGGCAUAAAAUGCUUGCAGAGCAAUGGUGGUUUGUUUCUAUGGUUGGAUCUGCGUCCUCUUCUGAAGAAGCAAACGUUCGAAGAGGAGAUGGCGCUUUGGAGAGUGAUAAUUCACAAAGUUAAGAUCAAUGUUUCGCCUGGUUGUUCCUUCCAUUGUUGUGAGCCUGGUUGGUUCAGGGUGUGCUAUGCAAACAUGGAUGAUAGGGCUGUGCAAGUUUCAUUGGCCAGAAUGCGUGGCUUUGUGCUCCAGAACAAGGACGUGAUGUUAUCUUCAAAGAAACCUUGCAGCCCAAGAAACUUAAUGCUGAGCUUCUCAUCCAUGAGGAUGGAUGAUUUCUUGAUGUCACCUCACUCUCCUAUUCCUCAAUCGCCUCUUGUCAAAGCUACAACUUGAUCUCUCACCUGCCACUAGAUUACUAUAAUAUUUAUUAAUUGCAUAUUCCUGCUUUAAGGUUUUACA